AUGGAAACGAGUGGCACGCCCGAAGGCACCCGAGACUUGUACCAGUGUCUGGGUGUUCCCCGCGACGCGUCUCUGACCGAGCUGCGUGCUGCCUUCCGAGAGCGGGCGCGGGCACUGCACCCGGACCGCCAGGCCGGCGACGCCGGAGCCUUCGCUCGGGUCGAGCACGCCUAUCGAGUACUGACGCAUCCGGAGAAGCGACGGCUCUAUGAUCUCUUGCUUGACGCUGGAAUUGUUUCUUCAACAUCCGAGUCCGAGCCAGUGACACCAAGUGCCUUGCGCGACGCGGGAUCUUUAUCAGAUGCCUCCGUAGAGGCUGAAGCUGCUGCCAAGUAG